AUGGAUUCCGCCGCUUAUCUUUCAGAUCAAGAAAUUUCCAAAUUAGCAGCUUCAUUACAAAUAGAAGAGAAAAAACAAGUAAAAGAAGAAAUAAAAAAUUCAAAUAAUGAUCAUAACAAUUCAUCAAUGAUUCCAGAAAUUUCUGUUACUGAUACGGAAAGUGAUAUUGGUGCUAAUUACAGUGCAGGAGAACAAGAAUUAGAUAUGACUGUAUAUGUUAAAGACCUUGAUACUGGUAGAAAUGUUCCGGUCUCAGAUAUUGAACAAGAGCUUAAUAAAUCAAAAGUAAACAUUGACCCUUUAUCUUUUCAAAUAAUGCAAAGGGCCGGUUCAGACAAUAAAUUUGAGAGUGAUGAUGAUGACAAUGAUAAUAGAUCUAGACGCGUAAGGAGCAUUAGUAAUAGUAGUAAUAAUAAAUUUGAUAACAAUGAUGAAAAAACGGCACACAAAGAUACUAGCAAAUCACUAAAACGUCCUUCACAUCAAGGAAGAGACGGAAGUGGCGAGGCAAAAGAUGAUGAAAAAGAUGAAGUUAAAAUAACUGGUAAUAACGCUGAAAUAUUUUCCGAGACAACGAAUGAUUUUGGAAGACAAACUAGGCCUCAAUAUAUUAAGGCUAAAAUACGUAAUAAAUAUACAAGAGAGUUCGAUCAUUUAUUUUUGGCCCAAGAAUUAUCAAGUCCAAAGCCUUCAACUGAAUGUGAUACACCAUGA